UUUCUUUUUCUUAUUACAAUUUCUCUAUAUUUCUCUCUCUCUUCUCAUUGUCCGUGCUUUUGCUCUCUCCGACCUAUCUUUAUUUAUUUCUCAUUUUCUCUCUCUAGAAUCUCAGGGCUUUCGUUGGCCAUUCAGACUCUCUGGUCUUCUUUCCAGGUGAAGUUCCUCUUGUUGGCGAACUGAGUGGAAGAAGCGCUGGGGAAGAAGUUUUUGAGUGGGAAAUGGCCGGGACUGCUGGUGAGGAGUCUGGAGUGGGAAGGUCUGUUGAGGGGAAUUUAAGUGGGCAGCGUUGCCAGUCUGGAGAAUUGGCAGAAUGGCGUUCUUCUGAGCAGGUGGAGAAUGGGACUCCAUCAACUUCACCUCCUUAUUGGGAUACAGAUGAUGAUGAUGAUGGUGGGCCUAAACCGUCUGAGUUGUUUGGAAAAUAUACGUGGAAGAUAGAGAAAUUUUCUCAGAUUAACAAAAGGGAACUUCGUAGUAAUGCAUUUGAAGUUGGCGGCUACAAAUGGUACAUCUUGAUCUAUCCCCAAGGCUGUGAUGUUUGCAAUCAUCUCUCUCUGUUUCUUUGUGUGGCUAAUCAUGACAAACUUCUUCCAGGGUGGAGUCAUUUUGCACAAUUUACUAUAGCUGUGGUGAACAAAGAUCCCAAAAAAUCAAAAUAUUCUGAUACAUUACAUCGAUUCUGGAAGAAAGAACAUGAUUGGGGAUGGAAAAAAUUUAUGGAGCUAUCAAAAGUAUUGGAUGGGUUUAUUGAUGCUGAUACUCUAAUAAUUAAAGCUCAAGUUCAAGUCAUCAGAGAGAAAGCCGACCGGCCAUUCCGUUGCCUUGAUUGCCAAUAUAGGAGAGAACUUGUUAGAGUAUAUCUCACAAAUGUAGAGCAAAUUUGCCGCCGUUUUGUGGAGGAGAGAAGAAGCAAACUAGGAAAAUUGAUUGAAGAUAAAGCAAGGUGGUCAAGCUUCUCUGUUUUCUGGUCUGGAAUUGAUCAAAUUGCUAGGCGUCGAAUGUCUAGGGAGAAGACGGAUUCAAUUCUAAAAGUUGUUGUUAAGCACUUUUUCAUUGAGAAAGAGGUCACGUCAACAUUAGUUAUGGAUUCAUUGUAUAGUGGACUAAAGGCUCUUGAAGGCCAGACUAAGAGUAAAAAAGGUAGGGUGAAAUUGUUGGAAGCUGAAGAAAUGCCAGCACCUAUUGUCCGUGUUGAGAAAGAUACAUUUGUGUUGGUGGAUGAUGUUUUAUCGUUACUUGAGAGGGCUGCCAUGGAACCAUUGCCUCCUAAAGAUGAAAAGGGUCCUCAAAAUCGUACCAAGGAUGGGAACUCUGGGGAAGACUUUAACAAAGAUUCUAUUGAGCGAGAUGAAAGGCGUCUUACAGAACUCGGUCGUAGGACUGUGGAGAUAUUUGUUCUUGCUCAUAUCUUUAGCAACAAAAUUGAAGUUGCCUACCAGGAAGCUGUUGCACUCAAGAGGCAAGAGGAGCUCAUCCGUGAAGAAGAGGCUGCAUGGCAGGCUGAAAGUGAGCAGAAGGCAAAACGCGGUGAAAAGGAGAAAAAAUCUAAGAAAAAACAGGGUAAACAGAAACGCAACAAUCGGAAAGGGAAGGAUAAAGGGCGGGAGGAAAGGCCUGGUGCUGCCGUACAGGAUCAAUACCAACAAGAUAACCCUAGUGAUGAAUGCAAAAACUCACCGAGGGAGGAAAUGCAACCUGUGCUUGAAAAGUUGGAUACAUUGGAAGAUGUAUCUGACGUAUCUGAUUCAAUAGAUGGUGGUACUGAAGUCCAGCCGGAUUCAGAAGAUAGAGAUGCUAGUCCAGUCAAUUGGGACACAGACACAUCAGAGGUUCAACCCUCCAUUGAAACGAGUAGCAGUUGCAUGCUAACUGUACAAAAUGGAAUGUCUGAUAAAAAGAACCAAUCUUUAAUGGAUGAUAGUUCCUCAACAUGUUCUACAGAUUCUGUCCCCUCUGUUGUAAUGAAUGGCCCUUACAAGGGGAACUCUUUUCCUAAUUUGAAGAACCAAAAAUCGCCUAGCAGGGGAAAAAACCAACGAGGGAAAUUAACAUCUGAUGGGAAUAGUUGGGCAAACGAGGUGGAUGGUCAAGUUUCUGGUCCCACAACGGAUGCAGGGGACACAAAUGAGGUUUCUGGUAGUGGCAAGAAUGGUGACUCAGAGUCUGAGGUCGUUCUCACCUCACUAGAUCAUGUUAAAUGCCUCGAGCAACAUGUGGCAAAGAAGGAAGAAGAGGCCGUUUCACUGCAAAAGAAGAGUGUCAAAGACCAGGUUGAGAUAGCAGGAUCCUUCAAAGAGAAGAGAACAGCUCAAACAUCCAUUCCUGGCAGCCCUCCUAAAAGUCCACCCUCAACUGUUCAACCAAGGCCCGAGUGCCAGACCAGUGCUAGUAUGAAUUCUGUUCAAGCUAGGAAAGUACCCUUAAAUGGCCCUCAACCGAUGAUGGAUAGAGGAUCACCUUUGACCACAUCCCAAGUAACUCUUAUGGUUAAACCUGAGACUCAGAAGGCUGCAGCUCAAAAAGUGACUGAAAAAGCCGUGGCACAACAGUUGCCUGUGAUGUCAAGGCCUUCCAGUGCUCCUUUAAUUCCUGGCCAAAGGCCAACUGCUCCUGUUGUUUCCAUGGUACAAACAUCAUCCCCUCUGCUAGCCCGUUCAAUGAGUGCAGCUGGCCGGUUGGGUCCUGAACCCUCUCCAGCAACUCACAGUUAUGUUCCUCAGUCAUAUAGAAAUGCCAUUAUGGGUAACCAUGUUUCUUCGAGCUCAGCCGGUUUUAGUAAUACUAGCUCUCCAAGUUCAGGAGGGAACCAGUCUCCUGCAUACUCACAGCCUCCUACUUUGGUAUCUUCUCCAAUCUAUUUACCACAAAGCUCUGAAAGGAUGGACCCAGGCACAAUGAAAUCAGGCUAUCCUUUUGCCAUGGUGGGUAGGGAAGGAUUACAUAACGGACCACAGUGGUUGGAGAGUUCUCAAAGAGAAGCUGAAAAAAGCAUGAAUUAUGAUCAUUCUAUGCUUCUUAAUGAUGUUCAAAAUCUUGGUUUGUAUAAUAAGCCUUUAACUAGCGGCUCUCGUGAUCAUUUGCCUGACUUUUCUGGUCGCACUUCUGGACGCCAACCGCAAGGUCUGUCAGCAGCGGAUGAAUUUCCUCACCUUGAUAUUAUCAACGACUUGCUUGAUGACACUGGACCGUCGACCAGGGUAAACUCUGUUUUCGAGUCCCAAAGCAACGGGCCAAACUCCUUAAAUAGGCAGUUCUCAUAUCCAGGUGAUUUAAGCACAGCUGGCAACAUGGGUUCCUCUUCUAGUUCUUGUAGGUUCGAGAGAACGCGAAGCUAUCAUGAUGAUGUACUUCAUCGGAACUACAGCUCAUCAGGAGGGCACUAUGAGGCUGUGAGGGAAUUCAUUCCACAGGCUGGUCCUUUACCUUACGUAAAUGGGCAGAUCGACGGGUUGAUUCCAAACCAGUGGCAAAUGCCUCCGGCAUCUGAUAUGUCAUUAGUUGUAAUGAGGAAUGCAGAAUCCGAAGGUUACCCUUACUAUAACCCAGACUAUUCAAAUGUGGCUGUCAAUGGUUACGCAAUGUUCCGGCCUUCAAAUGGGCAUUAAAGGGAAGCAAAGCAAAUGGAGUUUGGCCACCACCGCGAAUUAGCAGGCGGGAGAGGGAGGCCGUUGUCCGUUGUAAUAAUGUAUUAGAAAGAAGGAAAAAAAACUGUUGGUCCCAUUUAGAUUUGGAGUGAGGUUGUAAGCUUUUUUCUUUUUUCACAAGAAAACAUUUUGUAAAGAGUGUUUCUUUUGUUUCCCAGCCAUUUUCUUGAGUCACUAGAAAAUGAGGCAUUUUAUUUGUUUGUUCUUAAUUAAUGGGGUUUUGGGCUAUAUGAUAGUAGUAAUGGUUGAAAACGGGCAUCUGUGGUUCUUAUCUCCUCGUCUUCGAGUUGUUCUGCUAGCUAAAUUGGCUUCAAUUUUGCCCCAGUACCAAGGCUUAACACAUAUUAAGGGUGGUUAGACCUUUUUAUUUCCUCAUUUUCUAGUGUAGCACAGCACACAAAUUACAAACAACAUAGUGUUGUAGCAAUGUUUUGGCAUCACA